AUGUGCGACGACGAGGAGACCACCGCCCUGGUGUGCGACAACGGCUCCGGGCUGGUCAAGGCCGGCUUCGCGGGCGAUGACGCGCCCCGCGCCGUCUUCCCGUCCAUCGUGGGCCGCCCUCGCCACCAGGGCGUCAUGGUGGGUAUGGGUCAGAAGGACUCCUAUGUAGGAGAUGAGGCCCAGAGCAAGCGAGGUAUCCUGACUCUCAAGUACCCCAUUGAGCAUGGCAUCAUCACCAACUGGGACGACAUGGAGAAGAUCUGGCACCAUACCUUCUACAACGAGCUCCGUGUGGCCCCAGAGGAGCACCCAACUCUGCUCACUGAGGCCCCACUGAACCCCAAGGCCAACCGUGAGAAGAUGACCCAGAUCAUGUUUGAGACCUUUAACGUCCCUGCCAUGUAUGUGGCCAUCCAGGCAGUGCUGUCCCUGUAUGCUUCUGGCCGUACCACAGGCAUUGUUCUGGACUCUGGGGAUGGCGUGACUCACAAUGUCCCCAUCUAUGAGGGCUACGCUCUGCCCCAUGCCAUCAUGCGUCUGGAUCUAGCCGGUCGGGAUCUCACUGACUACCUCAUGAAGAUCCUCACUGAGCGUGGCUACUCCUUUGUCACCACCGCCGAACGUGAAAUUGUCCGUGACAUUAAAGAGAAGCUGUGCUAUGUUGCUCUGGAUUUUGAGAAUGAGAUGGCCACAGCUGCUUCUUCGUCCUCUCUGGAGAAGAGCUAUGAACUACCCGAUGGCCAAGUCAUCACCAUUGGCAAUGAGCGCUUCCGCUGCCCCGAGACACUCUUCCAGCCUUCCUUCAUCGGUAUGGAAUCCGCUGGCAUUCAUGAAACAACUUAUAAUAGCAUCAUGAAGUGUGACAUUGAUAUCCGCAAAGACCUGUAUGCCAACAAUGUCCUAUCUGGAGGUACCACGAUGUACCCUGGGAUUGCUGAUCGCAUGCAAAAGGAAAUCACUGCCCUGGCUCCCAGCACCAUGAAGAUUAAGAUUAUCGCUCCCCCUGAGCGCAAGUACUCUGUCUGGAUCGGGGGCUCCAUCCUGGCCUCCUUGUCCACCUUCCAGCAGAUGUGGAUCAGCAAGCAAGAGUACGAUGAGGCAGGCCCCUCCAUCGUCCACCGCAAAUGCUUCUAA